CAGGCAUUUGGAAUGAAUAACUCCUUAUCAAGUAACAUUUUUAAUGGAACAGAUGGAAGUGAAAAUGUGACAGGAUUGGACCUUUCAGAUUUUCCAGAAUUAGCAGACUGAAAUAGAAGGGAAGGAAGUGGUAACCCAACUCCAUUAAUAAACCACUUGGCUGGAAGAGCUCCUUAUGUUGGAAUGGUAACAAAACCAGCAAAUGAGCAAUCCCAGGACUUCUCAAUACACAACGAAGAUUUUCCGGCGUUACCUGGUUCCAGUUAUAAAGAUCCAACAUCAAGUAAUGAUGACAGUAAAUCUAAUUUGAAUACAUCUGGCAAGACAACUUCAAGUACAGAUGGACCCAAAUUCCCUGGAGAUAAAAGUUCAACAAUACAAAAUAAUAACCAGCAGAAAAAAGGGAUCCAGGUGUUACCUGAUGGUCGGGUUACUAACAUUCUCCAAGGGAUGGUGACAGACCAGUUUGGAAUGAUUGGCCUGUUAACAUUUAUCAGGGCAGCAGAGACAGACCCAGGAAUGGUACAUCUUGCAUUAGGAAGUGACUUAACAACAUUAGGCCUCAAUCUGAACUCUCCUGAAAAUCUCUACCCCAAAUUUGCAUCACCCUGGGCAUCUUCACCUUGUCGACCUCAAGACAUAGACUUCCAUGUUCCAUCUGAGUACUUAACAAACAUUCACAUUAGGGAUAAGCUGGAUGCAAUAAAACUUGGUCGAUACGGAGAAGACCUUCUCUUCUAUCUCUAUUACAUGAAUGACGGAGACGUAUUUCAACUUUUAGCUGCAGUAGAGCUUUUUAGCCGUGAUUGGAGAUACCACAAAGAAGAACGAGUAUGGAUUACCAGGGCACCAGGCAUGGAGCCAACAAUGAAAACCAAUACAUAUGAGAGGGGAACAUAUUACUUCUUUGACUGUCUUAACUGGAGGAAAGUAGCUAAGGUAUAUUUUUUUCCAUGUGCAAAUGUGUAACUAUAAAUCUAGAUU